CCGCCCGCCCGCCGUCGACAUACAUCGCGCCGCUCGGUGUAAUUAUCACCUCAUCUAAUUAUUGGUGCCCGCGCGGCCAGAUAUUUCAUCCCGCCGCCGGUCCAGCUCAGUUCAGUGCCAGAGCCCGGAUCGGCGGCCAAGGUAGGCAGGUAGGUAGAUGGACGAAGCGGCCGCCCACGAAGCGCCGCCGGCCGUCGUGCUCGUCUCCGCCGGCGCCAGCCACUCCGUCGCCCUCCUCGCGGGCAAUGUGCUGUGCUCCUGGGGCAGGGGCGAGGACGGGCAGCUCGGCCACGGGGACGCCGAGGACCGCCUCGUGCCCACCGUCAUCAGCGGCUUCGACGCGCCCGGGAUCACCUCCGUCAUCUGCGGGGCCGACCACACCACCGCAUACUCCGAGGAGGAGCAGCAGGUCUACAGCUGGGGCUGGGGCGACUUCGGGAGGCUCGGACACGGCAACUCCAGCGACGUCUUCACGCCGCAGCCCGUCAAGGCGCUGCAGGGGAUACAGAUCAAGCAGCUCGCGUGCGGGGACAGCCAUUGCCUCGCCGUAACCAUGGACGGUGAAGUGCAGAGCUGGGGGCGCAACCAAAACGGUCAGCUCGGUCUUGGAACUACUGAAGAUUCCCUGCUCCCACAAAAGAUACAAGCUUUUGAGGGUAUUUGCGUGAAGAUGAUUGCUGCUGGUGCUGAGCAUACCGCUGCAGUAACUGAAGAUGGCGACAUCUAUGGAUGGGGCUGGGGUCGAUAUGGAAACUUGGGUCUUGGUGAUCGUAAUGACCGAUAUGUUCCUGAAAAAGUAUCUUUGGUAGAGGAAGAGAAGAUGGUGCUUGUUGCAUGUGGAUGGCGUCAUACCAUUACUGUUUCCUCCUCUGGUAGUUUGUACACUUAUGGUUGGAGCAAAUAUGGUCAACUAGGACAUGGUGAUUUUGAAGAUCAUUUAGUUCCACACAAAGUAGAUGCCUUAAAAGAUAGCUCUACAUCCCAGAUUUCAGGUGGAUGGAGGCAUACAAUGGCACUUACAUCAGAUGGAAAGCUUUAUGGAUGGGGAUGGAACAAGUUUGGACAAGUUGGUGCGGGCGAUAUUGAGGAUCACUGUUCCCCAGUGGAGAUUAAUUUUCCAGAUGAACAGAAAGUUGCCCAAGUUGCUUGCGGAUGGAGGCAUACUCUUGCUUUUACAGAAAAGAAAAAUGUUUUCGCAUGGGGAAGGGGUACUAGUGGACAACUUGGUCAUGGUGAAAUAGUUGACAGGAAUACUCCGAAGCUGAUUGAUGCCUUAAGCCUGGACGGUUCUGGCUGCAAGAAGUUGGAGUCUUCAACAGCUGUUCCAUUUUCAGCCAAAGUUUGGGUCUCCCCCUCGGAAAGAUAUGCUCUUGUUCCUGAUGAGAAGGUUCCAAAGCUGGGCGAAGCCAGCGGCAACGGUGCGGAUGCAAGCGUACCCGAGAACGAUGUAAAGAGAAUGCGCGUGUCAUCCUAGUUUCAACGACCUAUCAUUUAUGUACCUCGUUAAGUUAACCCUAGUACCACUAUCCAAAAGCCUCUGUGCGUUGGUUCACCAGUUCCCAUCUAGUGGUGUCCAAUUUUUCUGUGUAGUAUUCCGCUGAAGUGCUCUUCUGGGCGGGACCUCCUGGCGUUGUGAUGAUGAUGUGUCUCAGGAGCAACGGUGUAUAGUGCACCUCUUAGAGGUGGCUAGCAGAAUCAGCCUGGACCUGCGUUCUGAAUGUGUGGAUAGCUGCAUCUGAAACUUUGCUUGGACGGUGCAAUCAAUAAGUGAUUCGUUCUUA